AUGAAUGAUUCUUGUAGUUUAUUGAAUAUAGAUCAAGAUGGUAUUAAGAUUGAAAGAGCUAUUAAAAAAAUCAAAGAUGAAACAAAUAUACUAAAGGUUGGUCUUCAUAUGCUACCAAAGGAAGUGCUGCUUUUAAUUUACGUAGUACCGAAAAAAAAAAUAUUACCGUAUCAACGUAUAUUAAUUUCUACUGGUGUUUUCAUAUCACAAAUGGAUCGCGAUCUUCAAGGUUGGAUUACAUACAAGUCUGGUUUAGCUAUACAUAACGGUAUAACAGUUUUGAAUUCACCUGGAAUUAUCGAUUCUGAUUAUAGAGGCGAAAUUCAUGUUAUACUUUAA